AUGCUGACUGUGAGCGCUGCCUUCUGUGUGACAGCCGCAUUGGUGGCUCUCCAGUUGGACGCUUCUUUCCCUGACGGCUUCGUUGACCGCUCAUCCCAAAACCUCUCCUCUGUGCCAGAGGACCUGCCACAGGCUGCUGAGUUUGUCGACCUUUCACAUAACCACAUACGGCAGCUUCGUCAUGGAGACUUUAAACACACCUACCUGUUGAGGUCCCUGAACAUGUCAUGGAAUAUUUUAGAAGAAAUCGAUCCACAGACCUUCCUGGACACACCCAACCUUGAAGAGCUGGACCUGUCAUACAACAAGCUGAAGAACCUGUCAAAUCAGCGGUAUCUGCUCCACACUGAGAAUCUGCGGGUACUAAACUUGACCUCUAACCAGUUUCUCUCAAUGGCACUUGGAAGUGAGUUCAGCUCUUUGGUAAAUCUGGAGAGUUUGGCACUUGGAGCAAAGAACAUCUGUAUGAACGAUUUCCAAAGCAUCACUGCAGUGAAACUACAUACUCUAAGUCUCCACCUUGAGGAUUAUCUGAAUUAUGAGGCAGGCAGCCUGAAGCUUGUCAAAGCCAAAAAGCUUCAGAUAGCUUUCACUAGUCAUCCCAGAAUGCACUAUGAUCUGCUAGCUGAUGCUCUGCUGGUCUUUGCUGAAUUGGAGUUGAUAAAUUUGGCUGAUGGCUUGAAAGAUUUAAUCCAGCCGCUGAGAGAUAAAGCAGAAAUCCACACAUCUCAUCUUCAAGUCACAAACAUGUCAGUCACCUGGGAAGACUUAACUGACACUGUAAAUGUGCUUCUGAGUACAUCUAUAGCUCAUAUCAGUGCAAUUCAAGUGACCUUAUCUAGAUUGCCACAAAAAGAAACUGAAGUAGCCAAGACAUCUCAAGUGAAGUCUUUUACAGCAAGCCAGGUGGAGGUGACAACUUUCCUUUUCUCACAGGAGGCUGUGUACGACUUCUUUAUCAACAUGCCAGUUGAGAGUUUAGCUGUCACUGAAACUUCAAUAAUUCAUAUGACAUGUCCAAAGUCCCAGAGUCCUCUCCUCCACCUGGACUUCUCUUUUUGUGCUCUCACUGACUCCAUCUUCUCCCGAGUGGAGAAUCAAAAAACUGUUGAGUGUGAGAAUCUGGGAAAUCUUAGGACACUGAAUUUGCUCGGAAACAAUCUGAAAAGCCUUGGCUCGAUCAGCAAACGUCUGGGACACAUGACAUUGCUGAAAGAUCUGGAUCUCAGCCUCAACUCUCUUGUCUAUGAUGGUCUGGAAAAUUGUGAAUGGCCACCAAACAUCACCAAUCUGAUUCUUUCUUCGAAUGGUUUAACAGGCUCUGUCUUCAAUUGUCUACCAGCAGGAACGGAGACACUAGACCUCGAGAACAACAAGAUUUCUGUGCUACCACUGUCCAUCAUCAAGAAACUGUCAAAUCUGCUGUCUCUAAAUCUGAAUCAGAACAGACUGCGGGACCUGCCAGGGUGCAACGGUUUCCCUUAUCUAAAUACGCUUUUUCUCAGAUUUAAUUCUCUCAGUGCUCCAUCUGUGAACAAACUGGAGAACUGUUCUGAACUAAAAACCCUGGAUGUUGGUUUUAACCCGUACACAUGCACCUGUGAUCUGAAGAGUUUCAUAAGUCUUGGCAUUACGGCAGAAAAUAAGAAAAGUCAUUCAGGAAUUGAAUUGUUGGGUUGGCCAGCUGACUAUCACUGCACUUAUCCAGAGGUUGACAGGGACACCACCUUGAAUGUCAUCUCAAUCCCAGAAAUCUACUGUAAUACUGGCCUUCUAGCUGCCACCAUCCUGGGCCCAUCAGUGGCAUUGUUAAUCUUGAUAGUGUCGCUCUGCCAUUAUUGGGAUGUUCCCUGGUAUUUGAAAAUGAUUGGGCAGUGGACCAGAGCCAAACACCGCGCCAGAAGAGAAGUUCGACCUGAAGAUAUGGUGGGUACUGAGUUUCACGCAUUUGUAUCUUACAGCCAACAUGAUGCAAAAUGGGUGCACAAUUCUCUUCUCCCCAACCUUGAGGGACCUGCUGGGGGUCUUCGAAUCUGCCAUCACGAGAGACACUUUGUGCCUGGGAAGACAAUCGUAGAGAACAUCAUCACCUGUGUGGAGAAGUGCAGGCGCUCUGUGUUUGUUCUCUCUGCCCAUUUCGUAAAAAGUGAGUGGUGCCAUUAUGAGCUGUACUUUGCCAGUCACCAGCACCUCACUCGGGGCUCAGACAGCGUGGUCUUGGUGCUACUGGAGCCACUGCCUCAAUAUUUGAUCCCAUCAAAAUACAACCAGCUGAAGUCCAUGAUGAGCCGGCACACAUACUUGGAGUGGCCUCAUGAUAGAGCUAAACACAGGCUGUUCUGGGCUAACCUCAGGGCUGCUCUACAAUGUGACCUGCCUGAUGCAGCUGCCACAGAGCUGCAGGAAUAA